CCCACACCCACACCCACACCCACACCCACACCCACACCCACACCCACACCCACACCCACACCCACACCCACACCCAAUAUUUAUUUACAAUUAAUUAAUAACAUAUUAGAUGAAUUACAAAAACGAUUUUCAUCGAUCAAUUUAAAGAUUUUAACAGGUAUAUCAUCAUUAUGUUCAAACAGUUCUACUUUUUUAAAUUUUGAUUCAUUAAAAUCAUUUUCUAAGCAUUUAGAUCUCAAUGUUCCUGCUUUAUUAAAUGAACUAAAUGUUGUUAAACCUAUGUUGCAAUUACAAAAUAAACCAUUAGCCAAUAUAAUUGAUUUAUAUCAAGUGUUAUAUCCAUUUACAUAA